UGUGUUACACUAUCAUAAUGCAAUGGCAAGGUUCAACUUUGAGACUCAGCUCCAAGAGAUACUUGGUGUCCCAGACUCAAUUUGGCUGGGAUGCGUCCAAGUUGACCUGAACAAACCCGAGAUAGGCCGUGGCUCGGAUGCCACUGUGUAUACAAGUGAGUUGGAGGGUCUCCCUGUUGCUGUGAAGGUCUUACAUAGUAUUUUACUCCAACAGGGCAAUGUCGGGCGUACAGCUCUUCUGCAGCGAUUCGGCACUAAGUGCCUAGUCAUGCGGCGACUGCAGCAUGAAAGAAUUGUGCGACUGCUCGGGAUCGGCAUUGCUCCCAAUCAAUCUCCGUGUAUAGUGGUAGAACUGAUGGCCGGUUCGCUUGGUGAUCGAAUUGGAGUUGUUCCAAGAGAGCCAUUCGCGCAAAGCCUUCAGUAUCUUGUCGACACGGCGGAAGGUUUGCGCUUUCUACACGGCAAGAACAUUUUGCAUCGCGAUUUGAAACCCCACAACAUCUUGAUCACGGCAGGGAGAGCCAAGAUAGCUGAUGUAGGUUUGGCCCGCUCUCUUCACGGUGGUCAAGGUGCAGACUUGACAACUCUGACACGGUGCCCCGGUACGCCUUAUUAUAUGCCGCCAGAGAGCCUGCAAGUGGGCACAACAUACGACGAAAAACUGGAUGUGUUUUCUCUAGGAGUGGUGAUGCUAUCGCUGCUUGUGGGACGACCGCCUUCCCCAACUGAAGCUACUGUUCUGCUGGAGAAUGGAACGCGGAGAUCAGUUCCGGAGGGUCGCCGACGCAAAGCCGAUCUGGAUCGACUGGGCUCGGAUCACCCACUACAUUCUCUAAUCGUGUCGUGUCUGCAUGAUGAUCCUGGAUCUAGACCAACAUCAGCUGAUGUUCACAUGCACUUACUGCAGAUCUCACUUCCCUCUAUGGUAAGGAUGUAUUCACAUAGUAUAACAUGACUUUGUACUCACUGUGCUGUACUGUUAGCAUACAGCCUAGCUGGGUAUACAUGCAAUGUGUACAUGUAAAUGGGAAAUACUGGCUGAUGCAUGCCUGAAUGGUGCAGCUAACAGAGCAUACAUUAG